AUGGCUGAGGUGGAAUUUGAUCAUCUGGAGCACAAUAACCUGACUGAAGUAAACAAGGGUUGGCUGUAUGGUUUGAGAACAUUACAACAGCUCUAUGUCAGCCAGAAUGCCAUUAACAAGAUAAGUCCAGAUGCAUGGGAGUUCUGCCAAAGGCUUUCUGAACUAGAUCUCUCUUACAACCAGCUGACACGCCUGGAUGAAUCUGCUUUCGUCGGACUAAAUUUAUUGGAGAGGUUAAACUUGAGUGACAACAGAGUCAGUCACAUCGCAGAUGGUGUCUUUAAGGGACUUUCAAAUCUGCAAACUUUAGAUCUGCGAAAUAAUGAGAUCUCCUGGGCCAUAGAAGACUCAAAUGAAGCAUUUGUAGGACUUGACAGCCUCAAUAAAUUGAUUCUGCAAGGAAACCAGAUUAAGACCAUUACAAAAAAAGCAUUCGCUGGUCUUCAGGCUCUUGAAUAUCUAGAUUUGAACAACAAUGCAAUAAUGUCUAUUCAAGAACAUGCCUUUGACCAGCCUCUUCUUAAACAGCUGGUAUUGAACACCAGCCGCUUACUGUGUGACUGCCAGCUGAAGUGGCUGGUCCCAUGGCUGACCCAGCACCAUUUCCAGGAUGCGGUCAGUGUGGCCUGUGCUCACCCAGCAUGGUUAGCUGGACAGAACAUUCUCAACGUGGACCCUGAAAACUUAGUUUGUGAUGACUUUCCCAAACCACAGAUCAGAGUGCAUCCUGAGAGUACCAUUGCACUUAGAGGCACCAAUGUUACCCUGACUUGCAAGGCAGUGAGCAGCAGUGAUUCACCCAUAUCCACCACCUGGAGGAAGGACAAUGAAAUUCUGUAUGAUGCAGAGAUACAGAAUUUCGCCCGGUACCAGCAACAAGAGGGCGAAGUUCUGGAGUACACUACUGUCCUGCAUGUUUUCAAUGUGAACUUCACUGAUGAAGGACAAUACCAGUGUAUCAUCUCCAACCACUUUGGUUCCAAUUAUUCCAACAAGGCCAAGCUGACUGUCAAUGAGCUGCCUUCUUUUGUGAAAACCCCGAUGGAUCUAACUAUCCGAACUCGAGCAAUGGCUAAAUUGGAGUGUGCUGCAGAAGGCCACCCCCCACCUCAGAUUUCCUGGCAGAAAGAUGGAGGCACAGACUUCCCUGCUGCUCGUGAGAGGCGCAUGCAUGUGAUGCCGGAAGAUGAUGUCUUCUUCAUUGCAAAUGUGAAGAUUGAAGACAUGGGGAUCUAUAGCUGCAUGGCCCAAAAUGUGGCAGGAGGUCUAUCAGCAAACGCGACCUUGACUGUGCUAGAAACACCUUCGUUUGUCAGGCCCCUGGAGGACAGGACUGUGGCCCGAGGAGAAACAGCCGUGUUGCAGUGCAUUGCUGGUGGCAGUCCGGCCCCUCGCGUAAACUGGACCAAAGAUGACGGGCCUCUAACUGUAACGGAGCGGCAUUUCUUUGCUGCUGCCAACCAGCUGCUCAUCAUUGUAGAUGCUGGCUUAGAGGAUGCUGGGAAAUAUACCUGUAUCAUAUCCAAUACACUCGGUACAGAACGUGGUCACAUCUACCUGCAUGUCAUAUCCCCACCAAACUGUGACUCUACCCAGAAUGGCACUGGGAUUGAAGAUGAUGGCUGGACAACAGUUGGCAUUGUGAUUAUUGUUGUGGUUUGCUGUGUUGUGGGCACCUCUCUGGUCUGGGUUAUAGUUAUCUACCAUAUGAGGAGGAAGAGUGAAGACUACAGCAUAACCAACACAGAGGAGGUAAAUUUGCCUGCUGAUAUUCCUAGUUACUUAUCCUCCCAGGGGACUCUGUCCGAGCCACAGGAAGGCUACAGUAAUUCUGAGGCAGGAAGCAAUCAGCAGCUGAUGCCUCAUGCGAGUGGUUAUGCACACAAAGGCACAGAGGGAGGCACAGGGCCAUUGGUGAUCUGUUCAGAUUGCUAUGACAAUGCCAACAUCUACUCCAGAACCAGAGAGUAUUGUCCGUAUGCAUACAUCACUGAUGAAGACCCACUUGAUCAAACACUAUCCAGCCUAAUGGUGCAGAUGUCCAAAGAGCCUUACUCAAUGUGCACGCAGCAUGACACCCCUGCUAUGGACAGUAUCUCAGCCGACAGAGACAUGUCAGUCUUUCUUACCAAUCAUGACAGAAUGCAUGAGAGGAAACCCUGCUCCCAGCCCUGUAACACUGAUCCUUUUCAGCUGCCUUUAUGGGGCAUCGAUAAAGAUGUUGGAAUGGCACAUCCUCAUUACUCACCUCAGCCCAAGACCCACGACGUGCCUCAAGUUCUGCAAAAUGAGGGCAUCACAGAGAAUGACCACGAGCGGGUUAUUUCCCCCCAACCUCACCACAGGCUACAUGAACAUAACUUUGAUUUUAACAGAACUCGGAACAUACAGGAAUAUCAUGAAACAACAUAAAUGGCAUCCAAGCAGGAAGCCUUAGCAGCAAGUUCGAAGCAGUUGACAAUGUCUUCACUACCUCAGGAUUUGCCUCAUGGCCAAAGAUGCUCCAUGCUUGCAACAGAGUCUGAGCGGUCCAGCACCAUGACUAGUGCCCUGAGCAAAGAGUGUAAUAGCAGAAGUCCUUUCUUCUAUCAGGCUCAGCUGUCAUGGCAAACUGAAUGUUGGACAGAAACAGAACAAAUACUACUCUUAGCAGAGGAACUGCUAAUGCAAGGUACCUUUGUUGCAUGGGAACAGUCCCAUGAAAGCUUCAUGUUCUCUUUCCUGCUGAAGAAACCAAUUUUAAAGAGCCCCCUUGCAACGUCCCUGAGUAAUUAUAAGCAUGAACCUUCUGGUCCUUCUGACCACUAACAGGAACUUGCCUCAGUUUGUAUAGUCAAAAAUUUUAUUUACCCUUUCUCUGGCUAAAGGACGUCAGCUGUAAAUACAUUUGCAUAAUAUGUAAAUAUGUUUGCGUAAUAUAAAUAUUUUGUAUACACCACAUACACAAAUGUCAGGCUGAAAUGUAAAAAAAUGCCAAAAAUUACACAAUAUCCAAUCAUUCUGGCAUCUGCCAGCCACUCUGCAAGAGUCUGGAAUGAAUUCAGCUUCCCAGGAUUGAAGGCCAGUCCAUACCAUCAUGUUUUUCAUACGGUGAUUACCAUUAUCACAAUAUCCUAUUCAGUACUCUUUGUGGGUCUCUGCACAUGGUUAGUCUCAUGAGUACGGACAGAAACUGUAAAUGGGAAAAGGAGGUUGCAUAGGACUCCUCAGCCCUUCGGGUCUAAGCAUGGUUAAGUGUAUGGCACCUGGGGGGCCACAUGUGGCUUAGGAGGUUACCUGUAGGGCUCACUGGCAAUCUGAGGAAGUCAUUUUCUAAAUGUCCCAGUUGCAGGGUGACAGCACUGUCUUUGAGGCUCAAGCCUGCAGUUUGUAUUGUGACUAAUGCUGAUCCGCACAGGCAUGUUCUUUACUUGUUGAAAUGAAGAUCUACAUGUGUGGUGAGUAUGAGCCAUCACAGGUUGACAGUUGCAGUUGCCUCAAACACAGCGCUUUUGAAUAUAGUCUGUUUUGCACAUGCAGCUCUGAGAAAUCAAGGGACAAGUAAGUAUGCCUGAAAUGGUCCUAAGGAUUGAUAGGCUGAACAUCUGAGAUUAACCACAGAGGAUCUCUUGAUCCUCCCAGGUGGCACAGCAGCAGCAGAAUGGAAUUUGUCACACUUCAUAAAAUGCUGUUGUGUCCCAAAGAGAAAUGUCAGCCAUGGCACAAAAUCCUAACCAAAGUGAGUAUGCAGGGAAAUUGCAGCAGAUGAAGGAAGACUAAUCUCAGGUUAAAGAGGAGAGGCAAGAUGUUGCUGAUGUGACAAUUCAGUGUUCUGGACAGCAGCAUGAAGACAUCCCAGAAGCUGUAAAUAUGACAUCACAGGCAAUUAUAUUAGCCAUUUGCUAUCAUCCAGAAACUCCUGCCAACCUAGCAGUUUGAAAGCAAGAAAUUGCAAGUAGAUAAAUACGUACCACUU